AUGACAUCACCGAGGCCCCUGUGGCUCCGGCGCCCCGUGCGGCUCCAGCGCCCCCUGCAGAUGCAGGAGAUGGCUCUGCACCAGCAGCACCCAGAGGCCCAUUAUGAGCGUAGACACCUCAUGCUAAACCGCUCCGGCCCCAUACUGCCCCCACACAUGGGCCAGGCCCGGCCAAAGCCUCAGCUGGGCUCUCCCUCUUCUCCAGGGAGCAAAUCGGCCACGCCCUCUCCCUCCAGCUCCAAUCAGGAAGAGGAGACAGAUCCUCACGUCAAGUUAACGGGUGAAAAGCGGCCGUCGUCGGAGAUGCUGAAGCCCAAACCCAAACCACAGAAAAAGAAGAAGAAGAAGGAUCCAAACGAGCCCACCAAGCCAGUGUCGGCCUACGCCCUGUUCUUCAGAGACACGCAGGCCGCCAUCAAGGGCCAGAACCCCAACGCCACCUUCGGGGACGUGUCCAAGAUCGUGGCCUCCAUGUGGGACGGCCUGGGAGAGGAGCAGAAACAGAUGCUCCUCUCUCCACUCCCCACAGACCAGUGUUUUAUGGUGUGUGAGAUCCAUGUGUUUGAGCUGUUCUCCCUCAAGACGGUGCUGUUUUUGGCGAUAGAUUUGUCAACACGACUGAGCCACGGUCCACGUCGUGUGUUUGAGGAGAUUGUGUCUUUUCUGAGUUUACGGCUUCAGUCUGUGCUGUUUGUUUAUCCACUGGACGUGUCCGCGGCUCCAGACGACGUGUGUGAACGCUGA